AUGCUGCUUUCUGCCAUCUCUUUUGCCAAGAGCAAGUCAAAUAGUAUUCUGGUGAGACUGGUGAGUCAAGCUGGGGCAGGUUUCUCCUUCAACAAGAGAAGCUGACUCCGAGAAAAGCUGAUUUUUCUGCAUUAUGAUCCAAGAGAAAAAGUUCUCUUCAUAGAAGAGAAAAAAAAUGCGCUCCCUCUAAGCAGUGGAUUGAAAAUGAAUUUGAUUCAUAAAGGAAAAGACUGA